AUGAUGGUUAUUGCAGUUGGACAGUUUCUCUUGGCACUUGUGGCUUGCAGUACCCAUGUCAUCGUCUGCUCCUCACAUGGAAAUGCGACAGAUCGGUUAUCACUGCUUGAAUUCAAGGAGGCAAUCAGUCUUGAUCCCCAGCAAGCUCUGAUGUCCUGGAAUGACAGCAUGGACUUCUGUAACUGGGAAGGUGUCUCGUGUAGGCCUAAGAAUCGACAUCGCGUCAUUUCCCUCGACCUCAGUGGUCGAGGCUUACAAGGGCGCAUCUCUCUUUCACUCGGAAAUCUUACAUUUCUAAGAAAUCUAUCCCUACCAGGCAAUCUGUUCAUUGGACAAAUCCCUGGGUCCCUUGGUCACCUGCAGCACCUCCAGAAUCUCUACUUGAGUAAUAACACACUCGAGGGUGAGAUACCAGACUUCGCAAAUUGUUCUAGUCUGCAGAUGCUAUGGCUGGAUCGCAAUCACCUAGUUGGACAAAUCCCUACACAUGCCAAUUUUCCUCCUCACCUUCAAAGCCUGCUGAUUUCAUAUAACAAUCUUACCGGCAAAAUUCCCGUUUCACUUUUUAACAUCACAACACUGACUCGACUUGAUAUCUCGUCAAAUCGGAUCAGUGGCGAGAUCCCAAGUGAAAUCGGAAAUAUGCCCAUGCUGCAGUUCUUUUUCGCCUGGGGAAAUAAGCUAUCAGGAAGGUUCCAACCAGCCAUCCUCAAUGUGUCUUCUCUUGUUGUACUAAGCCUUGCCUCCAACUAUCUAAGUGGCCAGCUGCCAUCCAACCUUGGUAGUUCAUCACCCAAUCUUCAAAAGUUUGGUUUAUUUAACAACUUGUUUGAUGGGCCUAUCCCAAAUUCGCUGGUGAAUGCUUCUAAGCUAUCCUUGGUUGAUUUGUCGAGUAAUAAUUUCACUGGGGUGGUGCCUAGUUCUAUUGGCAAACUUAAAGAGCUCUCCUGGUUGAAUCUUGAAUACAAUCAGUUACAAGCACGUGACAAGCAAGACUGGGAGUUUAUGAAUAGUCUAAGCAAUUGCACUGAGCUACAGAAAUUGUCGCUGCGUGGGAAUCGUCUUGAAGGACGGUUAUCAGAUACAUUUGCCAACCUUUCUGGCAAACUCGAAAUGUUCUUCUUCGGAAGGAACAGACUAUCAGGGGGUUUCCCUGCCGGUAUAGCUAACCUUCACAGCCUGGAGUUUUUGGCAUUGGAUGAAAACCAGUUUACCGGUGUCAUUCCGGGAUGGCUAGGAACUCUAGAGAGCUUGCGGGCUAUCGUAUUAAGGAACAACGCUUUUACAGGAUAUAUUCCAUCUUCCCUCUCUAAUUUAUCUCUACUGGGGGAACUCGUUUUGGAUUCUAACCAGUUGUAUGGGCAUAUACCCCCGAGUUUGGGAGACCUCAAAACCCUUGAAGCAUUGAAGCUUUCCAAUAACAUUCUUGAUGGUAGCAUUCCAAGGGAGAUAUUCAGCAUUCCUACAAUUAGAGAAAUUGCGCUAUCUUCAAAUAGCCUAGGCGGACCACUUCCCACCGAAGUAGGCCGUGCCAAGCAACUACAGUACUUGUAUCUUUCAUCUAAUAACCUGUCCAGUGCCAUCCCUGACACACUGAGUAACUGUGACAGUAUGGAAUACAUUGAGUUGGAUCAGAAUUUUCUUAGUGGAAGCAUUCCAGCGUCACUAGGCAGCAUCAGAAACUUGAAAGUACUCAAUGUGUCUCACAACCGCUUAUCAGCAUCCAUACCGAAGUCUAUUGGCAGCCUGAUGUAUCUUGAACAACUAGAUUUGUCAUUCAACCGUCUCGAAGGCGAAGUCCCAGAAAUUGGCAUAUUCAAGAAUGUGACUGCUUUAUGGGUAGAUGGGAACAAGGGGCUUUGUGGUGGUGCAGCGAAGCUACACCUACUGGCCUGCCCUGUCAUACCUUCAAAUUCAACUAAGCACGUGACAUCAACAGUGCUCAAAGUAGUGAUCCCAUUAGCCAGCAUGGUGUCACUUGCUGUGGUCAUAUCUGUCUUGCUAUUCAGGAGGAGAAAACGGAAGAAUAUUUACAUGUCUCUCCCUUCUUUUGGUCGAAAGUUUCCCAGGGUUUCUUGCCACGAUCUUGACAGAGCAACUGAUGGCUUCUCCACAUCCAACUUGAUUGGCAGAGGAGGAUACAGUUCUGUGUACAAAGGUAGACUGUUGCAAGAUGGAACUAUUGUUGCUGUUAAAGUUUUCACCCUAGAGACAAGAGGAGCACAAAAGAGCUUCAUUGCGGAAUGCAAUGCUUUGAGAAAUGUGCGGCACCGGAAUCUAGUUCCUAUCCUAACUGCUUGCUCGAGUAUCGAUUCUAAAGGGAAUGAUUUCAAAGCCCUAGUAUAUGAAUUCAUGCCAAAGGGUGACUUGCACGCACUACUGUACUCAGCUUUGGGUGAUGAAAACACUUCAAAUUCAGAGCGCAUUACACUAGCUCAAAGGCUGAGCAUUGUGGUGGAUGUAGCAGAUGCACUGGAGUACCUCCACCAUGACACCCAAGGAGUUAUUGUUCAUUGUGAUUUGAAGCCUAGCAACAUUCUUUUGGAUGAUAAUAUGACAGCUCAUGUUGGAGAUUUUGGCCUUGCGAGGUUCAAAGCUGGUCCGACACAGUCAUAUUUCGGUGACUCAAACUCUGCUUCUUCGACUGUAAUAAAAGGAACGAUCGGAUAUGUCGCUCCAGAGUGGGCAACUGGUCGUGAAGUUUCAGUUGCUGGGGACGUUUAUAGCUAUGGGAUUAUUCUGUUCGAAACAUUUUUGAGGAAGAGACCGACAGAAGAUAUGUUCAAGGAUGGACUGAGCAUCACAAACUUUGUUCAGAUGAAUUUUCCUGCUGGGAUAUCACAGAUUGUUGACUCUGACUUGCUACAAGAUCGUCCAGUAGCCACGAAGGAAAAAGAUUUGGACUGUUUAGUCUCGGUGCUAAACGUUGGACUUUGCUGCACCAAGUUGUCCCCGAGUGAGCGCCCCAACAUGCAUGAAGUGGCUGCAAGCCUUCACGGAGUUAAGGAGGCAUAUCUUGGAGGGAGAUAA